CCUCCGUUCUAAGAAAGGAAGGACCCUUAAGGCAGCGAGCUCAGACUUAAAACCGUUCACUUUUACAUGCACGAACAAAUUCAUUUCCCAAAUCACAUCUUUCUCAUCUCCAUAAGUUUUGAUCUUCAAUUCGAUCAGAAGAUUUGAGACCAUAAACUUCAAUUUCGGAUUCAAGCCAUCUCAAAUAUUUGGUAACCUUCGCACUGGUGGGGUACAAUCGUGUCGCGACAGAUACCAUCUCAAGUUCUCAUCACCAGAAUUGAUAUGAUAUUCAUGAGCGGCCAGUAAGAAAAGAGGGUAAAGGAAAUACAAGUUCUCAAAGGUUGUCAAGAAUCAAAAGCGACAUCGUCGAAAUCGUCGUCGUCAUCACCAUGCCAAGACUUCCAACCAAAAAUGAUCAGAUUCAUCUGCUUCGCAUGCAACUGGAAGAAGAGCAAAAAUCAUCUGCUAGUCUCCGUCAUACCAUCAAGGCCAAGCAAGCUACUAUUGAAAGUACUCUUGCGCAGUUAAAGGAUGCGAAAGAAAGUCUGAUCCAAGCUAAAUCUACUUCACCUUUCAUGAGAAAACUUCCUGCCGAACUUCGUCUCAAGAUCUAUAAGCUACUCCUGGUCAAUCCAAAGUUGAGUGAAACUGAAUCUAUUGGCAAGGCUGUCGAAUAUGGAAAAUCUGUCAAGUUUGAACUUACUCCAGCAAUCUUGAGUACCUGUAAAGCAAUUCACGAGGAAGCGGAACCUAUUCUCUACGGCUCCAACACUUUCAUCAUCGAAUGCAUUGGUGGUUAUGGUCCAGUUGGUUCUCUUCAUGUCCCACAAUCACCGCUCACCAGAUUUACGGAUCCUAGCUUGGAUGAUUUUGAUGAUAGUGAUGCAGAGGAUGAUUUGGAGCGCACCAUGAUGGGAUACUCUGGAAUAGAAACGUCUUUUGAUUUUUCCACAUUCAGCCCCUUGAAGAAGGUUAAGCGCUGGAGAAUACUCACUGGUGCAUACAGACCAACUCCAACCAACCCAGUACCAGCAAAGUCUUUCGUUCACUUUUGUCAAGCAUUAUGUCAAGAAGCUCCAACACAACCACAAAGAUCUCUCGAAGUCGUCCUUGCACUUGCGAGAGUCAAUAACGGUAUUGCUACGAUUAGGACUGAGGAUACACAAUACAAAUUUUCGCAAGAUCAAAUGAACUAUCUGCUUCAACCACUGAGGCUUUUGAGAGAUAUUAGAUUGGAGUUGAACAUUGCACAAUUUAAGACGGACUUACCGCAAUCUACCCAUUUGUGCGGCGCUGGCCCUGAGUAUUACUUUCCUUAUAGCGAAGCCCAAACGGUCGAGGCCAAUCUCGAGAGAUCUAUGAAUUUGGCAUUACCUAUCGUUCAAAAAUACCAGGCUAUUGCGGAGGAUCUUUCACCUGUUGAAAAGGUAUUCAAGAUGUAUCAGCGAUUAGAGCGAUAUGUAGUUUCAUUCGAAAGAUCUGGACAUUUUACGAAGGACUUGAUCACUUUGCAAAGAGGCCAUGAAGCUAGUAGGAGAGAAACUCGUCAUUUUGGUUGGCAACUUCCUAGUGCUUCUCUUGGCAACCCUUUCAAAUCUCGCUUACCUUCAUCGUAUCAUCCAGUGGAGCUCGCCUUUUCCAAAGCCAUCAUAGCCAAAGAUAAGGAGGAUGUCACAGAGUUCAAAGCUGCUAGAGCUUCUGUUUUGAAAGAACUAGAUCCUCAAUACAGAAGAAUGGUCGAUGCAUCUAAGAAGUUGACAGCUUUCGUCGAAAAGGAGAGACUUUCAGGAGUAUUUCAUGAAUGUACUGGUUGUGGUGUAUUUCAUCAAUACGAAGAAGAUCCAUACGAGAGUAGUCUUGGAGAAGAUUUAGAUCGCUACAUCUAUGAACUCGAUAAGAUUUCCAGUUUAUUGAAUCGAACUAUGCCAGAUCAUAUUCAGAUUCAAGUACAGAAAGGAACCACAAUGUAUGAGGCAGCAUACUUUCAUUUGGAGAGAGAAAGACUUUUCCGAAAGUUACGUUGGAUGCAAAAGCAAGACAUUGUUGUAAAGAGUCCUUUACAAAUCGCUAAAUGGACAAAGCGACUUAUUGAAGAUAUGUGGGAGGACUGUCAACGUAUUAGCUGGCAUAGAGAGUGUCUUUUUAAGGAUGAUAUUACAGAUAUUGGUUGUAAAAUCAAUAAGAAAUUGGGACAGGGAUUGAUGGAACAAGAAUUGGAGUGGCUCGAAGGAUUUGAGAGUGAUGAUGAGGAAUUUCAUGAAUUACAUUAUGGAGAUUAAUUAUUGGGGAGAGAUCCGAGAUGGAAUUUUUGAAGUUGUCAAGGAGUGUUUACACGUGGAGAGAGAUACUGGGGAGUAGCUAUUGCAAAAUUUGCUUAUGGGAAAUGGAAUGGGAUACGUAAUGUUGUUAGUUAAUGGCUGAGCUGAGCAUGGCAUGUUAUGGCGAUAUUAAAAUAUGGGAGUAUGGAAUCUGGCUGACUG